AUGUUGAUUGUUUCGGAGGGUGUCCAGACCAUGGUAGAAAGUGACUGCUUGAUUUCCCCCCAUGGGAGGGAUAGCGCGGUUCUAUGGCGUAUGCAGGAAGAUGGUUUGAUUGGCUUCCAGAGGCCUAGGACACGUAGGGCCCUGAAAGUUACAAUACCGGCGGUACUUAAGACGCUCGAAGGUCGGUUGUCUGAUAUUGGUCUUGCUGAUGCGUCGUAUUACGGGUGUUUGGAACUUUAUGAGGAUGGAGAUAUUGAUGUGACUCGGUUCGUGGUGCCGUCAGGUAUAUAUAAAUGGGAGGUUGAGAACUUUAUAUCACCGAGGCCCAAUCGUCGACAAUCACUACUUAUGAUUGGUGGUUCCCGUACUGGGAAGACUAGUUUGGCUCAACAUAUUGUGCAUUCUCAUGGGAAGAUUUCUGAAUUUGAGAAUGAGUGGAAUAUGGAUAUGUUUUGGCCCGGGCAGGUUUGCGCUUUUUCUCACAUGUGUAAUGGGUUUCCAUAUUGGAAACCAAUUUUCGGGUGCCAGUUGUAUUUCAAUGCUCAUGGACGAUACCUGGGCAAGCGGCGGUUAGACUGGGUUGUUCCUUCGGUUUGGGUUUGCAAUCGUGACGAUGAUCCUCGUAAAUGGGGUGAUGGGCAUGGGCAUCGCAUUGAGCAGAAUGCUGUGGUUUACGAAAUUCCUGAGGGUUAUGCUCUUUUCAAAGGAGGGCCUUAUGAAAGUAUGGAUCAUUAUACGGAUAGUGAAUGGCCGGAGGGAGUUCCAGGGCGCCCCAGCUUCAGGUGGGAAGGCGAAGCCCUCGACCGCAGUGGGUUUUGUCUUGAUGAUGUCGAGUUGGUAAUGUACGACGGGGCAGAGAUACCUUCCAUAUAA